AUGAUGAGACUUGCUCAUAGAAUGGUCAGAAACUACUGUUUAAGUGUCAGCAGAUCUAACAACACUCACUCAACAGUUGUUGCUGAACUAAACCAAGUUGGUGUCCGUGUGACUGCACAUAAGAGUCCUGAACCAAACGGCACUAUUUAUGUGCAGCUACUACCUUCUGGCUCCCAAACUCUCCUCAAAAUGUUUUUAACUUCCUCAAAGAUGAAAGAACACGUCCUCAGUGGGAUGUUCUGUCAAAUAGAAACGCUGUGCAAGAAGUUGCUCACAUUGCAAACGGAUCACAUCCUGGUUGCUGCAUAUCUGUUCUACGUGUAA